AUGGCAAGGUCACAUCGGAGUUCAUCUCAACAUCGAAAGUUAGCACUGAUUAUCAGCAACGACAUGAUGGAAAAUAUACAACAUUUUGCAAAGACAACCACACCUGAUGACCUGAUCUUGUUCUACUAUUAUGGUCAUAGUUACCAAUCCGGAGGCGAAAACUAUUUGAUUCCUGCCGAAGAUGAUACAAAAACUAAUGAAGCUUUAGAUUUGUUACCGAUUAAAGUUAAAAACAUAAUCAAGCGGUUAGCAGAAACAAGACGAUCUUAUGAGACUAUAUUAAUUUUUGAUUGCUGCAGACCGUACUUGUGGCCAAGCGCAUCAACAUCAAAUCCUACAAUCUCAGGUCAAGGGCUAGUUGAAAUUAAACCACCGGCUAGAACAUUUAUUCAAUUUGCCUGUGAUGCUAAUCGAACAAGUCCUGCUGACUUGUUCACUAAACAUCUGCUAAAAAGUAUUACUCAAGAAAAUGUCGAUAUUACUGGCGUUUUUCGACGUAUAGUAGCUGAUGUGUGCUUAGAAAGCAACAAGUGCCAACGACCAUUGUCUAUGAAGGGAUUAUCAGAAUAUGAAAUCUACUUGAAUGAAGUGAUGAGUUCUUUACCGGAUAUUCCGUACAAUGCUACAUGGAAAAGUAGUGCUCGUACCGUUGCCGGUGGUUAUGGUCCUGGUCAUACACUAAAUAGGCUUCAUUGUCCCAAAGGUCUAUGUGUGAAUAAUAAUCAAACUGUUUUUAUUGCUGAUGGUUCGAAUCAUCGUAUUAUGGCAUUUAGUUCAGGUGUCAGAACCGGUCGAAGGUUUGCUGGUAAAAAUAGUAAUGGAUAUGCACCUGACCGACUGUCUAGACCUUCCAGUGUGAUUUUCGACAAAGGGUCAAAGAGUUUUAUUAUUUGCGACUACGGUAAUCGAAGAGUGCUGCAAUGGUUUCGCAGAAGUACCACAUAUGCAAAGGUACUGAUUGAGGACAUUGAAUGUUGUGGAAUGGCUAUGGAUGAUCAAGGAUCUCUUUAUAUUUCUGAUACCGGACGACAUGAAGUGAGACGAUACCGGUCAGGUGAUAUCUCAGGAACGGUGGUUGCCGGUGGCCACGGACAAGGUCGCAGUCUUCAUCAACUCAAUCAUCCGACGUACAUUUGUAUCGGACGAAAUCAAGCGGUGUAUGUUUCAGAUUCCUGGAAUAACCGUGUAAUGAAAUGGGAAAAAGAUGCAAAAGAAGGUGCUAUCGUGGCUGGUGGUCAAGGCGCAGGAAGUAAUCUUACACAGUUGCAUUGUCCUGCGGGAAUAGUCGUUGAUCGAUUGGACAGAGUCUAUGUAGCCGAUUAUUGGAAUAAUCGAGUGAUGCAGUGGCAUACGUAUAGGGGCAAGUUAUAUCGAAACAACAUUGCUGGCGGACUCAUUCCAGGAGAUGGUGCGAAACAACUAAAUGGUCCCGAAGGAUUGGCAUUCGAUCGAUAUGGCAAUCUUUAUGUAGCCGAUUCUCAGAAUCAUCGAAUCCAACGAUUUAAUAUUAUGACGAGUUGA